AACUUCUGUCUACCAACACCUGGGUCUUCUCAGCGCCGCCGCCGCGCUCCCUCUUUAGCACAGCGCUGACUGUGACCCCACACGUCUCCCUCCAUAGGGCUCCCCCACGUGACCGUCCUACCGCUGACAGUUGUCACCUACUACGUCACCUCAAACGUCCUCCUGUUCCGCUGGCGUCAUGUGACGGAGAUAGGCCGACUUCCGGGUUACGGCUGCCGGGCAGGUUCAUCUCAAGCGAGCUGCGGAGCUAUCGGGCGCUGAGCUGUUUGACCCAAGAUUGAGCAUCUGUGCAAAAAAAAAUAGAACAAGUUUUACAUUAAGGAGGAUGAACAACAGGGACUUCUCAUCACCUGCAGCAGAGAUGGCGGAGAUGAACCGCAUGCAGUAUGAGAUUGACUACACAGAGGGUAUCAGUCAGAGAAUGCGGGUCCCUGAAAAGCUGAAGGUUGCUUCAAACAACAGUGAAUCAGAUUCCAAAGCAGAGGGUGAUGUUUUUUACCCUGGUGCUAAUAUGCAAGUACCAGAGAGAAUUAUGGUAACAGGUCACAGUGAAGAUGGAUCUUUCUCAAGGCCUGCAGAUCUGGACCUUAUUCAGACCACCCCGUUUGAGCCCUUGUCUCUGAAGACUCCACCACGGGUUCUGACCCUCAGUGAAAGGCCGUUGGACUUCCUGGACUUGGAAAGACCCACAGCAGCCACUCCACAGAAUGAAGAGGUGCGUCACAUGGGGCGUCAGAAGAGAGAGAGGUCAGUUAGUGAAAACAUGCGACACAAUGGGCAGUUGGUCAGAAAUGACUCAAUCCCGACUCCACCUGCCCCCACAGGCCGCCCGUGCCCUGCUCCCUCGCCCCCUGCAGAUGGAGCAGAUCUUUUCUCUGCCCGUGGCAUUCUGUCGCUCAUCCAGACCUCCACCCGCAGGGCUUAUCAUCAGGUCCUUGAUGUGCUGGAUGACAACCGCAGGCCAGUCUUGCGUGGAGGGUCUUCUGCCUCUGUUCCUGCUCCCCAUCAUGAUAAUACCAGGUAUGCAGUUGCAUCAUUAGACUCUACUAUGGAUGGGACUCCAGAUGACCUGACUUUAGUGGAUGCAGCUUCACUUAGAAGACAGAUUAUCAAGCUGAACAGACGGCUUCUUCUUUUGGAAGAGGAGAACAAGGAACGAGUUAAGAGAGAGAUGGUCAUGUACUCCAUCACAGUGGCCUUUUGGCUACUGAACAGUUGGUUCUGGUUUAGACGUUAAAAAAUGGCCCUAGUUGUCACCUGUGAGGUGCUGGCCGUACAGAGAAACACAAAGAGAACUAUCAAACCUGAAAAAAAUAAAAGUGUCUUGGAUGAUGCAGAUCCAGGUUCGUGGCACAAUUUUUUUUGCCAGCAGCAGGAAUCUAGCUUAAAACACUUUGCAUUCUUGCUCCUGGUUUUACUCCCUGAAACCCAGCUGGCCUGCAUAGUGUGCAUGAAACUCUGACUAUGAUUGGGUUCAAGUAAACUACAUAUAUUCAUUCUCAAGAAGGGUCUGUUUCAUCACUGAGAACGAGACUUAAUUUUUAUGUAUGGCAUGCUAGAAUCAUUCCUGACCUGUAAGAGUAUAAAGGCCUUGUCUUGUGGGGUUUUGUGAUAAACUGAAGAAAAAAUUGAAAUGGGCACUUAGCAUUGUAGAGCAACUCAACCUAAAGUGUAAAGCUACAGUUUGAGUCUACUGGGGUAUGGUCCAAUACCCUUUUGGACUGUUGAAGGUUUCUGGGACUCCAGCAAAGUGAGCUCUCUCCCUAGCCGAGUCCUGGCACUGUUCAAAUUUUGCUUUACAAUGAAUAGCACUGUUACUUUUGCCUGCUUAAAUCUCCAUAUGUUCCUUUAUGGAACCUAACAAGCUGCAUGUGACAGAACGGCUACCAAGUGGGCAUCUCACUGGCACAGUCCUAUAGAACACUAUAGGGAAGCUGUCACAAAGCUAAAACGCCUAUAUUUUAAGCUGAACUCCAGGUAUAUACAAAGUUUAAAAUGCACAUAAUGUUUAAUAAAUGCAAGGAAUGUAAGCAUCUUAAACUUCUUGAUAUUGGCUUCGUUUUUCGGUUUAGCAACAUUCUCACUGUGAAUGGUGCAAACUCAGUACUCUUAGCUAAUCGGGGAUUGCUGCAUGCACUUUUUCUGACAAGAAACACAAUUACUGUGGGAGAGAAUAGAGCGCUCACCAGUCUGUUCCUUUACUGGCCAAAUACAGGCUUGGGGCAGGGAAGUAACCUUACUGCUUUGCUGAACUGCAAUAGAAAAAAAAGUAAGGUCACUGACCUACCUGUGCAAUCUGGCAGGGCUACAUAAAUCUCAGGACUGGAUAGACAAAAUUCUAAAUCCCUUGGGAAGUGAAACCUCUCCUGUAUGUGUAUUAUAGCUGGUAUUUAGUGAGUUGCCUGGAGUUCAUCUUCAAAGUAAUUAUUUUUUUGGGAAUAUAUUAUAAAAGGGUUAGCACCCCUAUCUUUCUCUUUUUUUUUUUGUGUGUGUUGCUGUCUGUGUCCCCACUGUGGAGAUUCACCCCCCUAUUUGUCCUGGAAACCAUUGCCUCAGGUACGGAAAGUGAUAAAUACAAAAUAUUUUAGCUGUAACUGGAACAGGCAAUGGGGGGUAAUAUUCUAAUGGGGAAAACCUUUAUUCUGUGAAUUUUGUCUUGGAUGCAAUAUCCUGUAAGUUUCAAGAUAUCUUUUUUUUUUUUUUUUCUUCCUGCUGUGCCUUUGGAAGAAGAAGUGAAGUAAGAUCUCUGCGAGAGGACACAGGGAGCAAAAAAAACUGACUUGGUGUCUGACCAUGCCCCAAAUGUUUUGGCUUUACAUACAUGGAAGCUGCACCUGACCACUAGUUUGAAUACUAGUUCUAGGUCAGUGCUGUGGCUGGGAUACUAGUACAUGGCAUGGGAGUCAUGGGAUGGCAUUUUGCAGGUGUGUUUUUUAUAGAGGUUCCAACCAGUCAAAACGAACCAAACCAAUUUAGGUUGGAUUGAUUUUAAAAAAAGUGUUUGGGUACAAUAUAUAUCCUUAUAAAGGACCUUGUAAUGUAAAUAUUUCUAGCUUUUGACGCUUUUAUUUAGUUCAGAUUUCAAACUUCAGAUAAAUGAUAUUGCCACUAUUAAAUGAGAGAAACAGUUUAUAGCACAACAAGCUGGUUCCAUAGACGAGUUUGAACAGACACUGGAAAGUGAACAGUCAUUUUGUGGUGAUAUGUACCACUUAUUGCAAGGAUUUACUGGAAAAGUGUUAUAUUUGUACACUUGUUCUACUGUACACUAGUGAUGUUUGUGCCUAAUGCCUUUUUGUGCAUUCACUAUAUGGUCUGUGUGCUGUAACUUAUGUUUCAAAAAUAUCAUUGAAGUGUAUAUUCCAACUUUAGAAGACGCAAGUCUCAAGCUACCAAAUAUGAACACAGGAAUAAAACUCUAUUUAAUUCCGUU